CCUAACGCUUCAACGAGUUAACAUUUCACCCUUGACAGUCGCCUAUCAAGAAAUGGCAAAUGUUCAACGCUAGGAAGAGCAGUUAAGAUCCCUGUCCUACAUCCACACUCGGGGCUUCCAAUGACUUUGACAAAUCAACUACAUGGCCUCAUUUUGCGAAUGCACAAAUGUGACUCCUGCCAGGGUAAACAAAUUCCCUAUCUUUCCAGGAACCGGAGCUCCGCAGCGGCCCAGGGCGUGCACACUAAGUUGCAUCUGGGAGCGUGGAGGAAGGACCCCAACUAUCCCGCAAAGGAAGCUGGGCGGAGCAAGGCUUAUGCUUAAAGGUUGGAGCGGCCCGGGCGGGCGUCCGCGCGCUCGCUCGUGGCGACAUAAACAAGGGAGGAGGCUGCGUUCUUCCCCGCACAAUGAAGGCGCAGGUCCGGGGGAAGGCCGCCCGACCGGAGCCGCCGAGGCGAGGCCCGGCCGCGGCCCGCGUAGCGCGCGGCUGACCUCCGCCAUGUUGGCCGUACACCCGGCCGCACAACAAAGGCUGCGCGAGGGCGCGGGCCGGAGCCUCGGCGCGCCCGCCGGCCCGCCGCCGCCCCACACGGCCGCUCUCGGCUGGGCCCGCCCGGGGCGGCCGAGACAAAGGCGCCGCGGCUCCGCGAGGGACCCGCCGGCCCUCCCCGGGCCGCCGCCGGCUCCUCCCUCCAGGCCGCCCGCUUACCUGUGGGCGGAGAGCGCGCCGCGGACCCGGCCCCGUCUAACGCGCCCGGUCGCCAGCUGCCGCCGCCGCCGCCACCGCCGCCGCCACGGGCCGCGCCUCCACCUCUCCCAGCGCCGAGACCGACGGGACACCCUGGGCCGCCGCCCUCGAGAGCGCGCCCGCCCGGCAGCCCGGCUCCCCUGCCGCCGCCGCCGCCGCCCCGCGCGUCCUCGAGCCCGCCGCGCGCGCCCGCUAAACACCACACACUGCGGCGGCCGCCAUGAGCGGGCGCGCGCCGAGAGCCCGUUGGGGCGGGGCUUCCCACGGCCGCGCAGGCGCAGAGGCGGCCGGCGGCUUCGGCCCGCGCGCCUGCCGCCGUACUGGUUUCCCGCGGUGGCGGUUGGCGUCGGGACGCUUCGGUUACCGGAGCUGCGCCCCGAGCAUCCCCGCGAGGCGGCUGUGCGUCUCCGGCCCUUCUGUGGGGCUGACGGGGUUUGCGCCUCUCCUCUCCCCGGGCCCGCGGCCUGGAGCGGCCGCCACGACCCCACUCCUGGAAGGAGAGAGGGCCGCCCCUCCCGGUAGGCUAGUUGGAAGCUGGCCAGUUAGAAGCACGCCUUUUCUUCUACAUCCCCUCUCAUCUAGGACGGUCCUCGUUGGGGACUGUCCAUCCUGCUGCUUUAAAUUAAAAUGGAAAAAAAAAAGGGGGGGCGGGGAAGCCAGGCACUGUGGAGCACGUCUGUGACCCCGAGCACUCGGGCAGCAGAAACGGGGUCCUCACAAGUUUGAGGCCAGUCCGGUCUAUAUCUAUGUAGAGAGUUCUGGGGCUUCACGGUGAGACCCUGUAUCUAAAAUAAUAAAAUGAAGACCUCAUCUUCAGGGCCAGGGA